CCUACCUGUGUAAAACAAUCAAAUUGUAAGUCGCUCUGGAUAAGAGCGUCAGCCAAAUGCCAUAAAUGUAAAUGUAAUGAAUGGCCUUGAAUGUCUGACAUCUGAGACAUUGUUCUAUGAUACUUUUGAGAUGUUGUGGCCCAAAACGUACUUUUUUAAAUCCGUUCAUGGCAGAGAUUUCCUUCUUAAAAUCAAACCUUUUUUCCCCCAGAUUUACUACAUUUUAUCACUUUUAACAUUACGUGUAAAAACUCUGAAUACAUGCGAAUGUUUUGGACAGUAAAUAAAAUGGCUGUGUUUGUGUUGUAGACACAACCCCUGGUUCCUGUCAUCACCCCUGUAAAGAAACCUGAGUUUACCAACUACAAUGCAGUAUUUCACGUCAAACCACUCUGAAUAAAAAUAUCAAUGAUUGACUUUUACAGAAAUUUUUAAAAAUUAGAUUUCUUUAACUGUUCUGGUGCAGGUCAAGUUCACAGGUACAGAUUGGUGACCGCUCCUGGACCAAUCAGGGUGGAGCAAUAAUCAAAGUCAUUCAGAGUGUUUUAAUGGUAAGUAGUGUACUGUAGAUUCUGUGAAUCUACAGAGUCAAAUUUCUGUACAGUAGUACAGAAGAUACAGACCAGGAAUCUCACAUAUAGCCAUUUUAUUUGCUAUCCAAAACAACCUUUAUGUGAGUGCUCAUGUGUAAUGUUGAUAAAAGGUAAAACGGGUCAAUUUUUGACUAUUAUGUCUUACAAAGCCCUGCAGGUAUCUUUCCACUGUGAAUGGGUUAAGAAAAUCUAAAUUAUCGUCAAACAAUGUCUCAGGCGUUGUUCAAUGUAUUUGUUACCCUUUCGUGUAAUAACCUGUGAGGUGCCUUUCAGCUGCAUUAAACGCUUUAGACAUCUGGUUCCCAUCAUCACCUCCAUUGUGAGCGGUUCACAUUAAACCACUCUGAGUGACUUUAUUUACAUCUGCUCCUUUCAGUGGUUCUCCGGCUGUGUGACAGUCAGCCGCAGUCACAUUUGUUGGGUUUAGAGUAAACCGGGCCUAAUCUUGGGUGAAGUUAACAUAAGCAGUAAUCUUACCUGUGACAAAGCUCAUGGACGUUAAGCGCCCACACAGCUUUAGCUGACCGUUGCUCCCUUACAGUCUCUCUGUGUUCAAGUGAGAGAAGCUCAGUGAAAGGAAGCUAACCACGGGGUGAAAACUAGCCUGGCGAGCUCAGUUGAGCUUCGAGCUAAUCUGGGAUUAGUUUUCCGUGAGGAGCUAGAGUUGCUGACAUGGGCUAACCCUUUCGAAUGGGCCCUCUCGGUGCUGCGGCCUCGUGCUGUAGGAGGGUGCAGCAAUGUCUUUCCCACCCAGCCUACACGCCUGGACCGCUACCUAGACCACCCUGCUGUCAUCGUUCACCUGCUCCUCGGUCAGCCACAAGCGUCCGCUUACAUCACUCGCGCGCAGAUCGAGCUUGACAGAUUCCUCUUGGCAUCUAUAGAGACCCUCUUGGAUACCCACCAUGAUUGAAAGUGACCGAGAGCUCUCAGCUAUGGUGCAGAAGCUUUGGGACAACGACAUCAAUCGCCUGAGGCCUGGGACGGACUAUCGCAUAUCUCUGCAAGGCAAAGCUGGUAACCUGUCACUAAUGAAUGAUGGUAAUGACGCAGCUGGAUUGCCUUUGUUCACAUACGUUGACGAAAGCAUUUUCAAAAAGGAGACGUUCUUGGCCUUUAUCUCCCUUCUGGACAAUUAUGAGAGCGAUACUGGUGUGCCAGAGGUUGUGACCCCAGAAGAGGAGGCAGAGAAUCACAAGUUUCUGGACUCCAUGGUGAAAACUCCUGCAAUGAAGAUUGUCCAUAAACAUCUAGUGGCCAAGAAGCUUUCUCCAGAGGACAUGACGCAGUUCAAAGAGCAGCUGUACCGCAUCUGGUUUGAGCUGUACGCCAGGAGAGGAUCCAGCAAACCAGACUCUUCAGGGUUUGAGCACGUCUUUGUGGGUGAAACCAGGGGUGGACGUACCGUCAUUGGUUUCCACAACUGGAUUCAGUUGUAUUUGCAAGAGAAGCUCGGACACAUCGACUACAAAGGCUACAGCGUAAAUGCAAACUCCCCCCAGCCAGAUGAGAACAAACACAUCUUGGCUCUGCAGUUCAGCUGGAAGAACGGAAUCAAACCCAAAGGCAGCAUUUUUAUCGGUGUCAGCCCCGAGUUUGAGUUUGCCCUCUACACACUGUGUUUCCUUACCUCUCCCAACGAGCGCGUCCGAGUGUCCUUCAGCCUUUACGACGUGGAGAUCGUCUGCCACCACUACAACCAGAAGCACAUAGGAACCACUUACCCCGUCCUUGUGAGAUACCAGAACGAUGAGAAAAAAAUUCAUAGCUAAGGGCUAUGAGUAUUGUUUUUAUAUUUUUAUCCAAAAUAGAAAACAAUAAAUACUGUGAAAUUGUUA